AUGUCGUAUCGUCCAGGUAAAGGUACAUAAACUUAUAUUUUUGAUCCUUUAUUCAAAUUUUUUAUUAUUUUUUAGCAGCAAAUGGUGGGUAUGACAACCAUGGCGCGUUUUUGGAGCAACAGAACGAUCAAAUGACAAACGAUCUUCACGCGAAGGUAGCUCAACUGAAACGAGUAACGAUAGCCAUUGGUGACGAUGUUAGAGACCAGAAUCGGCUUCUGAAUAGUAUGGUAAGUUUAUUUUCUUUUUGUUUUUGAAAAUUCAGGGUUAGAAAUGUUAAAAAUGCAAGAGAACAAGACGUUUUUUUCUUUAUGGGUUAGAUCCAGGGACGUCGCUACGGAUUUUCUCUGGGGGAGGGGGUACCCCCCCCCCUUCCUCCCCCCCUCCCCCAAACGACGUCCCUGGUUAGAUCUGUCAUGGAUAAUAUCGAAAAUUAGCUCAUAUAUUUGUAGCGUUUGAUGUUUAAACUUAGCAAAUGCUUUUCAUACUUAAUAUACAUAUUUGGCAUACUUUUGAGUACAGUUUCAUUUAAGAAAAACGCUAUUUUAUCUAUAAUUUUUAAGGAAGGCGACUUUGACCUAUCGAACACAUUGUUGGGCCAAACCAUGAAGAAGCUGGGCAUCGUAUCACGUGCUGGUGGAAACAAAGUUUUAUGUUAUUUAGUAUUGUUUGCGUUCUUUGUAUUUUUGGUCAUCUAUUACGUGGCCAGGGGUUGA